AAACAAGACUGAAACAAAAGAAACGAUUGCAUUGGCUGAAUCUGAUCGGAAAAACCAAACUGUGCUUAAUGAUACAGUAAUGCCCAACAAUACUCGGAGUGGAUACAUUUUCAAAAACAACAGGUGCUAUAGGGAAAUGUCUGAAAAGAAAAAUGGAACACAAACUGAUUUGAGAGAACAAAGGAAGUCGGCUGCAGCUUUUCUAGGAACGUUAGCUAUCAUGAUAACAGUGAUCAGUCUAUACACGUUGUAUGCAGUGGCACUGAACGACACUCUCACGGUGCUGCGAUAUCCGUUCCCUGUUGUGUUUGUAGCUAGAAUGCCUCCGAGCCCAGAGGAAGGAACUAGCGAAGAGAAAACACUUAAGAUUGAAGCAAAAUGAAGUACUUAGUUAUACAUUAACUAAGAAAUGGUAUGCUUAAAAUUUUUUUGGAUUACUGUUUCAAUACUUU